CUCUGCCACUUCCCAACCCCACCACAGAUUUAUAAAAAUUUCUAGGUAUAUUUACGUUUUCAGAGAGUUCUCAAAGUUUUCUAUUUGGACACCACACGUUUCAUUCCUCCAAAGCCUGGUGGGAUUUUCCUUUUUCUUUUUGAGUUAAAAAAGGAGUUUCUUUUCACUGUUUUGAUGGCUUUGAAUUUGGUUUCUCCUCCUGAUAUUAAGACCAUCUCCUUCUUGGAUUCAGCGAAGGCUAGCUCCAAUUCCCUCCCCAAGCUUUUUCCAGGGGGGAUUGUUGUGAAGAGGAAAGACUAUGGCACUACGUUUGGGAGGAGAGUACAAUGUUCAGCUCAGGCUCCACAACCACCACCGGCAUGGCCAGGACGAGCUUUUCCUGAGCCUGGACGCAAGACUUGGGAUGGCCCCAAGCCUAUCUCCAUUAUUGGUUCAACUGGUUCCAUUGGAACUCAGACGUUGGACAUAGUUGCAGAGAAUCCAGAUAAAUUCAGAAUUGUGGGGCUUGCUGCUGGUUCAAAUGUGACCCUUCUUGCUGAACAGGUGAAGACAUUCAAACCUCAACUGGUUGCUGUUAGAGAUGAGUCUUUGGUAAAUGAACUCAAAGAGGCUUUGGCUGAUAUGGAACGAAAACCUGAAAUUAUUCCUGGGGAACAAGGAGUUAUUGAGGUUGCUCGGCAUCCAGAUGCUGUCAGCAUAGUUACAGGGAUAGUAGGCUGUGCAGGAUUGAAGCCUACUGUUGCUGCAAUAGAAGAAGGGAAAGAUAUUGCUUUAGCCAAUAAAGAGACCUUGAUUGCCGGUGGUCCUUUUGUCCUUCCUCUUGCUCACAAGCAUAAAGUAAAAAUCCUUCCAGCAGAUUCGGAACAUUCUGCCAUAUUUCAGUGUAUUCAGGGAUUAUCGGAAGGUGCACUUCGGCGUAUUAUUUUGACUGCUUCUGGUGGGGCUUUUAGGGAUUGGCCUGUUGAUAAAUUGAAAGAAGUUAAAGUAGCUGAUGCUUUGAAGCAUCCUAACUGGAAUAUGGGGAAAAAGAUUACUGUCGACUCUGCUACCCUUUUCAAUAAGGGUCUAGAAGUCAUUGAAGCCCAUUAUCUCUUUGGAGCUGAGUAUGAUGACAUUGAGAUAGUAAUUCACCCGCAAUCUAUUAUUCAUUCAAUGGUUGAAACACAGGAUUCAUCAGUGCUGGCUCAGUUGGGAUGGCCAGAUAUGCGCUUGCCAAUCCUCUACACUAUGUCAUGGCCUGAAAGAAUUUACUGCUCUGAAUUAACUUGGCCUCGCCUUGAUCUUUGCAAGCUUGGUUCAUUAACUUUUAAGGCUCCUGACAAUGUGAAAUACCCCUCUAUGAGUCUUGCCUAUGCUGCUGGAAGGGCUGGAGGCACCAUGACUGGAGUUCUUAGUGCAGCAAAUGAGAAAGCUGUAGAGCUGUUCAUCAAUGAGAAGAUCAGCUAUUUGGAUAUUUUCAAGGUGGUGGAGCUAACUUGUGAGAAGCACCAGGAAGAAUUAGUGGCCACUCCUUCCCUAGAGGAAAUUAUACAUUAUGACUUGUGGGCACGAGAUUAUGCCUCCGGUUUGGAACGCACUUCCGGUCUAAGUGCUGUUCCUGCAUGAUUGAUGACUUGCUCAUGUUGGCCAGUCUAACAAUGGCUCCAUCUUGAAGACAGAUUUUGAAUUCAUGCCGAAGGCUAGCGAACUUGAAAAAAAUUUGUGGGGGCAUUAAGCAAAUGUGCACCCCUGAAUAACAUUCCCUUGCACAAUUGUACAUUAUCAAACACAUUACGUAGUAUUUGAUAGCAAUAAAAUGAUUAUUUAGCUUGUAUGACAAAAGUAGGGGAAGAUUAAAGUGCAGAGGAAGAAAGUGGAGAACAAUGAAGAUUGCUUUUUGCAGUACAAAAUGUUUUCGUUUGACUAUAUUUAAUGGAUAACAAAACAAUCUUUUGUGAGACUUGGUCAUCACUCAUCAUAUGGAAUGAUUUGGCAUUAA